UCUUUAAUUUUUUGGGGAAAUUUCAAAUAUUCGAUAUCUACUGUAAAUGAGCAUACUACAGCAAACAACGAGCUUCCAUACAUGACCAAUGGCUUACUUUGAUGCACCUGUAUGCGAUACUUAAUAAUCACAGCACAUCUUUAUAACCGAUUUUCCCCGUAACGUAAAGCCACCAUCUGUAAAGUUUUUACGUGGUAGUUCAUGCGAGGACAGCUCAUAGAGACAGCUUAUCUCAUUGUCAGAAAGUUGAUGUGAACAGAAAUGCUUUAGUGUGUGGGAGUGAGAGGCGUGUGAUCAAUCAAUAUUGAGAUUCGUGACUGAAGUGAAGAUCAACACUUGGAACAGGGGUUGGAAACGGGGUACGGCGCAUCGCACUCGGAUCAACACACCGACAGUAUUACUGUUACUGUAGGUGCGCCCAAUACAACCCAAGGCAAAACUGAUAGCUAAUUCUGUUGUCGUGGGUUCAUUUUUUAACAUAUCAAGCAACGGAUUACUGGUCAAACUGAAGAAGACUGCUUUUAUAUGGAGAGAAUGUUCCCGUCGACUCGUAGGUAGAAGACGCAAGCCGCGCACUGUGGUAUGGACAGCGGGAGAAGGAACAGCCCUCUCGCCGUGGAAUGAGGCACUGUCACUGGCAAGCUAGCUGUCCCGUCCACCUGACAACCACACACAGCAAUCGAUGCUGUCAAAGACGAUCUGACUCAUGCUGGGUGAAAACACCACCGGAAAACUAAAACAGCUCUCCAAGGAGACAGUGCCUAGCUUCUGAGUCAGUGUGAGUGGGCUGAGGCCCGAGCUGAGAGAUGCCCCCCCGGCCGUCCUCCGGGGAGCUAUGGGGCAUCCACCUGAUGCCCCCCCGGAUCCUGGUGGACUGCCUGCUGCCCAACGGUAUGAUCCUGACCAUGGAGUGCCUGCGCGAGGCCACGCUCGUCACCGUCAAGCACGAGCUGUUCAAGGAGGCCCGCAAGUACCCCCUGCCCCACCUCCUUCAGGAGGAGACGUGCUACAUCUUCGUCAGCGUCACCCAGGAAGCCGAGCGCGAGGAGUUCUACGACGAGACCAAGAGGCUGUGCGACCUCCGCCUCUUCCAGCCCUUCCUGAAGGUCAUCGAGCCCGUGGGGAACCGCGAGGAGAAGAUCCUCAACCGAGAAAUCGGUUUUGCCAUCGGUAUGCCCGUGUGUGAGUUUGACCUGGUGAAGGACCCCGAGGUGCAGGACUUCAGGAGGAACAUCCUGAGCGUGUGCAAAGACGCCGUGGAGCUCCGCGACGCCCACGGCUGUCACAGCCGAGCCCUGUACGUCUACCCGCCCAACGUGGAGUCCACCCUGGAGCUCCCCAAACACAUCUACAGCAAACUGGACAAAGGUCAGAUCAUUGUGGUGAUAUGGGUGAUUGUCUCCCCAAACAAGGACAAACAGAAGUACACGUUGAAGAUCAACCACGACUGUGUACCAGAGCAGGUGAUAGCGGAGGCCAUCAGGAAGAAGACUCGCAGCAUGCUGUUGUCUCCGGAGCAGCUGAAG